AUGCAGGACACCGUGUCGAUGCGCCCGUCCUUCUGCUCUUGGGUCGACGGCUCGCGCAUGCACUUCUUCGCCGUCUUCGACGGCCACGGCGGCCCCGUGGUGUCGGUGGUGUUGAGGGACCACAUGCACGCGAUCCUGGCGGACGAGCUGACCCGCGCGGCCGUAGCCUACCGAAAGAAGCAGCAGCAAGACGAAGAGGCGGAGCUGUGCGCAUGGAAGGGCGCGCUGAGGCGGAGCUUCGCGCGGGCGGACGAGCAGGCGGCGUCGGGGGUGCCGACGGGCACCGUCAUGGGGUCCACGGCGGUGGUGGCGCUCGUGGUUCGCGGCCACAUCCUCGUGGCCAACUGCGGCGACUCAUGCGCCGUGCUCUGCCGCGCCGUCCCACUCUCCCAGGACCGCAAGCUCACACGGCUGGACGACAUGGCGGCGCCCGGUGGCGCACGGAUGUACCACUACGACGGGGUGCCGCGCGUGCAGGGGAUCCUUAGCAGGUCGCGAGCUUUAGCUAUGCAUGCGUCGUGUCAUGUGACAAGCAAACAAAGAGUCCUUCCUGGCUUUGUCAGCUACUGCCUACUGCUCACUUAA